CAGCACUGCCAUCAUGGAUGCCCACGGGGUACACCUCAGCAAACCUCCAGAGAUCUCCUCCAGCUCAUUUUGGAUGACCGACUUUGUCUCCCCGAUCACCUCCCUGACCGCAACAAGCCAGAUGCUCAUUCUACUUCUGAUUACGACUCUCAUCUUGCUCAACAUGGUCUUUUUCCGCCUAGUCACCAUCCUCUCUCGCCCACCGCCAUCUCGUCGCUCACAGCCAUCCCCGGCCAAUCCUACACACAUUUUGAUCGUUCUCGGCUCUGGCGGCCACACGGCGGAGAUGCUCAACAUUCUCUCCCAGACGCCCUGUCUGCAACUCGACUUUACAUACCGCACAUACGUGGUCAGUUCCGGUGACGGCUUCUCCGCCUUGAAAGCACACGAAUUUGAGAAAUCGCUCCUCGCCGAUCUAUCCUCCACUCCUGGCCUUUCUAUUCCUGAAGGUACAGCGUCAAAUUACAACGUCGUCACUAUCCAUCGUGCCAGAAAAGUCCAUCAAAGUCUUUAUACAGCCCCAUUCUCCAGUCUAAGAUGUCUGCUGGACUGCAUUGCCGUACUGAAUGGAUCACAUCGCGAUCUCAAAUACCAGCAUUCACGCGGAUACCCUGAUCUCAUUCUGACCAAUGGGCCUGGCACGGGUGUCAUUGUCGUGCUUGCUUCCCUGACUCUGCUCUUUUUCGGCUAUUCUGGUCCUUCACCAGCAUUCAUGUCCACAAGCAAGGACUCCAAUCGGGAAGUAAACCGACUUGGCGGCCAGAUGCGCAGCAUCUUCAUCGAGAGCUGGGCACGAGUAAAGACGCUGAGUCUAAGCGGACGUCUUUUGAAACCCUUUGUAAAUCGCUUCAUCGUGCAAUGGCCGCAGUUGGCACGAUCAGAAGGGAGCAGGGUCGAGUACAUUGGCCCGCUGGUAACGUAG